AUGUUUCUUUGUGUCGUCAUACACAUGUAUGCACGUUUGUUCGGCGCGGCCGUCACCUACUGCAUCAGGCCUAGAGGCAAUGCUUCAUUGGAUACAAACUCCCAAGUAACAGCCACCGCGCUAGAAUCUCAUGAGCUUGAGCCGUUCGUCCCUAGAUCUGUCCGUCGAGGCACACCACCGCCUCUUUACCGUGAAAAUCAUCUCCCAAGGAUCAGGAUGGAUCGCAAACUCGACGAUGAAGUUCCCGCGCGCAUUGACAGCAACGAGGGAAAGACCACUGAGAAAUCUCAUCCUGGAGAUAAGGCCCCCGCAUACAAUGAUAUGGAGGAAGAGUACGCGGUCGGUGUCACUCUGGGCACUAUUCUGAGAGGGACAGCUGAGAAACCACUCACAACAUUCGAAAAGAAGGCUGCGUUGGUGAACCACGAGCUAGACCAGUUUGGCAUGGGAAAGUAUCAGAUCUGUGUCUGGUUUCUCUGUGGUUUUGGCUAUUUCCUCGACCUUGCAUGGUCGCAGGGUGUUGGCCUCAUCGCCUCGGCUGUGUAUCAAGAGAUGAACGUCGCAGAGCCUGAUCAAGGAACGAUAUUUGCGUGCGCGAAUGCCGGCCUAGCUAUUGGGGCACUGAGCUUUGGAUUGAUCGUCGAUGUCAUUGGCAGAAAACUGGCCUUCAAUCUAACUUGCUUAAUCACGAGUGUUUUUGGAAUGCUUUUGGCUGCUCCGAAAUACAACUACGGCGCCAUAUGCGGCAUCUACUUCCUCGCAUCUCUAGGCCUUGGAGGCAACAUCCCGAUCGAUGCUCUCAUCAGUUUGGAAUUUAUACCCCAGAAUCGCCGCUUUCUUGUUUCACUGCUUUCGAUGUGGCAGCCAAUUGGUGUCGUAGCUGCGUCAGGAAUCGCCUACGGAACUGCUGCAAAAUGGCGUUGUGACGCUACAGCGCCCUCUUGCAGCACUGUUGAAGCAGGGGAACCAUGCUGCACUGUUUCCAGCAACAUGGGAUGGCGUUAUGAGGUCAUAAUCCUUGGUGCUAUGACUUUGACAGUCUUCUUCCUGCGAUACUUUGUAUUCCACUUCCACGAAUCUCCCAAAUUCCUGGUCAGCAGAGGUAAAGAGGCGGAAGCUAUUGAAGUACUACACAAGAUCGCAAAAUUCAAUAAGGCUCCUCCUCCAAAGCUGACGUUGGCGAUGUUUGCAGCGAUCGAUGAGACGGACCCAGACCGCUCGGAGACUGACACCCUCAACAACCCUCCCCAGACGUGGAUGGAGACAACCAAGCACGUUGGGAAAGGAUUUGUGAGAGAACUUGCUCGGUUGAAGGGUAUUUUCACGAACAAACUAUCAUGCUUUACUUUCGUUCUCCUUGCGAUUGCGUAUAUGGGUGACUAUUGGUCCUUCAACCUGGCAGGAUCCUUCCUCCCACUCAUUCUCCUCCGCAACAACGUCUCUGAAGGCCGCGGCACUGUUCAAGACACGUAUCAGCAGUAUGUCAUAAUCUACGCCCCAGGAAUUAUCGGAGCCGUUCUAGCUCUCGUUUCUGUACAAAUGCCUCUCCUUGGCCGCAAAUGGUCUCUGGUAUUUUCCGCCAUAUGCCAGGGUCUUUCUAUGGCCAUGUACACGCAGGUCAGAAACACAGCUGGCUACGUUGGUCUAAAUGCUCUCGAGUACAUCAUGCAAACAUACUUCAACGCUGUUCUUUACGCUUCUGCGCCUGAGCUCUUUGAUACGGUCUACAGGGGUAGCGUCAGUGGAAUGCUUUCGUGUUUAGGCAGAUUAGCGGGUAUCGUGGCUCCGUUUGCCGGUGCAAAUCUUCUAGCGGACAACAGCUCCGGUAUUCUCUGGCUAGGAGCAGGUGGAAUCUGGUUGGCUGCUUUGAUGAUGGUUUUCCUUCCUGUAGAGAUGAGAAAUCGGCAGAUGUAUUAA